AAAACAUUUGAUAUGGAGGUGCCAGGACGUAAGGAGAGCAGUGAUGAUAAGGUCAAGCGAAAAUGCCAACCCUGCCAAGACGAAAAUGUUCUUCGUGAAGCUUACGGAUAUUGCAAAACAUGUGGAGAAUAUUUGUGUGAUGCUUGCUACAAAUAUCAUCGUCGACCAAAGCCUUUUAAAGACCAUGUUCUUGUUGAUUACAAGACCAUUAUGUCAAAAGACGGAGCCCCCACGCCUCAAGACUCAGAUAAACAUAAGGUUUCAGAUGACCAGGUUCUGCAGCAAGGUGAAAAUAAUGAUAAAUGCAAGACAAAGAAAUCUCCCCCACCAGUUCCUAUGAGAAGAAGGAUAUUCAAUACAAAAUGUUCUGUUCACCCUUCAGAGGAUCUAAAAUAUCAAUGCAAAAGUCAUGAAAUAAUUGUAUGUAGCGAAUGUGCUUUAAAAGAGCAUAGACAAUGUGAUGAGCUGUACAACAUUAAGGAUAUUUAUGAUUCUGAAAGUAAACGCAUUGUUUCAAAAAUCAAAUAUGUAGAAGAUAAAGCGGCGUAUAUACUAAAGCAAGAAACAAAUGCAAACGAAGGAGAUGACGUAUCGUAUGAGGAGGUUUUGUCACAAAUCCGUUUAGAUAGAGAGCAUGUUAACAAAUAUUUUGACGAAACAGAAAAACGCUUAAACAAUGAGGUUUAUAGCUUUCGAGAAGGAAGCAAGAUAAGGCAGACGGAGAUGCUCGAUAUAUGUCAGAAACUUAAAAAGAAAAAAGACUUAAUAAGUGAUACCAAUUUAUCAAAAAUUGAGAGAUACAUAUCAAUGACCGAAGUAGAGUGCGAAGUGGACAACAUCAACAGAGAUCUCAAGGGAGUUUUCGGUCUUCCGCGUUUACGUGUUUCUUAUAAAUCACAGUACCCAUUGCUUGAUUCGGGAAACUUGGUUGUCGAGAAACAUCAAGGGGAAAUAGGUAGACGUGAACUUAAGCUUCUUAAAAGGUUAAAUAUAGCAGGGGGGAAGCAGUCGUGCUGCAUAACAGAUAUAGCAACACCCUCAAAUGAAACAUUUCCAGUGAUACUUGUAGAUGUUCCAAACCAAAGACUGAUUAUUAUUUCCGAUGAAUAUUCACUGAUAUAUCACCAGCUUGAAUGGAUACCUUGGGGAAUCACAUUUAUCAGUUAUGAUAUGCCAAAUGGUGAAAUAGCAAUUACUUGUCCAUUUGAUGACAGGAUAUCAUUUUUGACAAUCGGUGAAAAUAUUUCUGUUAGUAAGCGUUCAUCUAUAACCUUGAAGUGUCCUACUGGAAUCAGAUAUCAUAAGUCGGAAAAUGUGAUGAUAGUGAUUGUCAGAGAAAAUAGAAAUGCUAGCAUUCAGUGUUGGUCGCUAAAUGGGGAUUUAGUGAGAACCAUUGUAAUUGUAACCGGUAACUACAUUGAAAAUAUAAACCUUACAAAUGAUGAUCAAAUCAUUUUCGCUUCUCGUUCAAAGCACUGCAUACAGUCGUGUGAUAUGUCUGGCAAUAUCUUAAGAUAUUUUCCAUAUAUGGAUGACAGUAUGCAAGGACCAUUUGGUACAGCUGCUGACCAAAAUCAGUCAGUCUAUGUAUGUGGAUUAAGAUGCUUGCGUGUGGUUUCAAGAGAAGGGAAAUGGGAUGAACUUCUGACAAGAGAUGACGGAUAUGCACCACAGUCACUCCUUGUCAGUAAUAGGUCAGAUAGGCUUUACGUCGGACAAGCAUUAGAAAAAGGGCGUACUGAUUUCCUCAUUUUUGAAUUAUGAAAGAUGACAGACUAAAACCUUGAAAAGGCAAUCAAAGUGUAAUUGUUUUUUGGGUUGUUUUUUUUUCGCUUUCUAAUUAUAACCUGCUGACAGUUCCCUAUUAAAGGAGCAAUAAGCAAAUGAAUAUUCUAUUCUUAUAUAAAAAAAUGCAGAUAAGUUAAAGCUGUAUUAAUUUAUUUAGAACAUAUUUCAGGUUCUCGUAUCAAAAGUAUCUAAUCAUGUUAAACGUGAUUUUGAUGAUGCAAAGAACUUGGAUAUUUUGCCUUUUAAUUUAAGAUGUUAUUUAACACAAGGUUGUCUUCUCAUCUUUUGAAAAUUCAAACAGGUCGGUACACAGAAAAUCGGGUGAAAUCAACGUCAUUGUAUAAACUGUGAUGAGCACGUCAUUGAAGACGAAUAUCAUUUCAUUUGAUUUGCCCAUGUUAUGUUGAUUUAAGCAAAAUGUACAUAAAAAGUAGUAUUAUGUUAAACCAAGCAUGUUUUAAAAGUGAUAAAAGAACAAUUCCAACAAAUUUAAAUUUAGCACUAGUUCUUGCUAUGACGCUACAUAUAUAUAUGUAUUUAUGUCCAUCCUCAUAGAAUUGAAAAUGGUGUAUAUUGUAUGUUCAAAAUAGCAUGUAUUUGUAUUAAAUGUAAAUGUGUUAAUGUAUGUGUCAUUGCGAUUCGAUACUUACUUAAAAUGUAUCAUUUUUUGUAAAUAUGUUACGAUGAUCUACCAUUGGAACAUAUGUUCUGUUCUGACUAUACUAUAUAUUAAACGUCGAUUUUUCCAGAUGCACUAUUUAUAUAAUGCUAAAGUGAAAAAUAAUAGUAGUAAUCACUAAAGUCAAUAAUUACAAUUGUUAGGUUAUGCAUUCAUUCUUUCAUUUCUUCAUUUAUUAGUCAGAAUUAAAUGACAUCAUCACGGACGCGGAAUUUGGUUUUAAAUCAAAGUACAAUACCAUACACUAAUAGGUGAAAAUUAUUAAACAUGGAGUCUACGGCAUGCUAUAACAAAUAUUACGUUCCAUGAAUAAAAUUGUGAAAUCUUGUCUUGACUUUUUACUCAAUAAGCAACUUACGUCUGGGGAGAAUCAGAUCGAUUUCCACUGAUAAAUAAAUUUAAAUCGUAGUGAUAAAAUAUAUGUAUUUUCUGAUACUGUGCUGAAAAAUAGAAAAUUGCAUUUUAAAUACAAUACUAUCACGGCCGUUGGCAUUAAACUAACAGUUCUAACAAUGGAAUUGAUAACAUGUGAUAGACUUGUUAAACGAAAAUUGAUGUAACGGAGUCUUGAUAAUUCCAUAUUCUGUUAAAAUUGAUACUCGGGCUCUUUUAAAGUAUACAGAAGGAGACAUGUUGAAGCUUUCAGUUUAUAAGAAAUGUGUGAAAUGUCAAUAUAUGUAUUAUUUGAAUAACUUUAAGUACAGAUGCGUUAUCAUAAAAAUAAUACGUUCAUACGAGUGAACGGAAGGAAGACACUCAGUCAAUCCAAUUCCAAGAAAUAAAAGGAAACGUAUAUAAUUAUAUUGUGACAUCAUUGACAUAGAAGAAAAGUUCUAUGUGUCCUUAUGUUAUGUUAUGUUAUGUUAUGUUAUUCAAUAUUUAUCUUUUAUAUUUCGUUAAAGAGAGAAUAUGACUGGAUUCUACUCAAUCAUCUUUUUUUUCAAAUUCAGAUACAUUUUACCCAGGGCUAUAUAAGUUUUAGAUUCUUGUUCUUCGUAUAUUUUCUUGUGUUUUGUACCCAAAGGGGAAAAUCACGCCGUUCGUUACCCAAACAAACAAAAUGGCGGAAGCAGCCAAAAAGUAGGGUUUUCCCUUUUUUCUCUGAAAUUCGUGAUGUUCCUGUGUAAAGAUACCUAUAAUAACCUUCUCCACAAUUUUCCUGGCACACAUGAU